AUGCCAAGCUACCGCAGCAUCAACAUAACACUCAUUUCCCAACUCGGCAUCAAAGAAGUGCCAGAAUUCAACCCACCACCUGUAUCUAACGAUCCAUUCUCCGACUACCCCAUCGCCAUCGACGAACCCCGCGCAACAACAUCCGUCUACGUCCCCACUUACCCCGAGUCCCAGUUCUGGAUCCAGUACUCCAUCUCGCCGCCACAUCCCCCCCAGGCGCUGUACUACUUCAAAGUCGUCAUCAAUGAUAAGUCUGUCGUGAGCUGGGGCUGUGGUGUCGAGGACGGCUAUGAGGGGGGGUUGGAGAAACGGGCUUUUGCUUUUGCGGCGGAGAAGGGAGGAAGGGGUGGGGUUGGGGGGAGGGACACAGAUGAUAUGAUUGAGAUUCGCGUUUACAGGGCUAAGGGACGGAGAGGGGUCGAGCCUGAUGUGGAUUGUUACCAGCUACCGGCUUCGAUUAAGGCGUAUGGGGAGUUGAAGUGGUCGGAUUAUUAUGGGGGAAAUAUUGAGUAA